AUUUAAUGUGUGGAAUGUCUGAAUUUUCAGACCUAGCAGCCCAGGGCAAUCCGUGUUUUUCAACAAGUUCUUUACACCGAUCCCGGCUUCAGUCGUGCCAAUGAAAUUCAUCUUCGGCUGGGGUUGAUGUUCAAAGUUAAUUCCGAUUAUGAAUCAAGUUUAAAGCAUUUCCAGUUAGCUCUGAUAGAUUCAAGUCCGUGUUCCUUGUCUAAGUUAGAGAUUAAAUUCCACAUAGCACAUUUAUAUGAAAUUCAGGGGAAGCAUAUUGCAGCAAAAGAGUCGUACGAGCAGUUGUUAGAAAGCAGUACACUUACAGAUGUUUUAAAAGCAAAUACUUUGAGACAACUUGGUUGGUUACAUCACACUUCGGAACUGUUAGGUGAAAAAACGAUACGAGAGACGUAUGCAAUCCAAUGUCUAUUGAAGGCAAUAGAAGCUGAUCCUAACAGCGGACAGUCGUGGUAUUUUCUUGGAAGGUGCUAUUCUAGUGUUGGAAAGGUACAUGAUGCCUUUGUAUCUUAUAGACAUUCCAUUGAUAAGUCGGAGGCCAGCGCUGACACAUGGUGCUCUAUAGGUGUGCUGUAUCAGCAGCAGAACCAGCCUAUGGAUGCAUUGCAAGCAUAUAUAUGUGCAGUACAAUUGGAUAGGUCACAUGUUGCAGCUUGGACUGACUUAGGCAUUUUAUACGAAGCUUGCAAUCAGCCCAGGGACGCUUUAACUUGCUACAUCAACGCUUCAAAAAAUAAAAAUUGUUCAGUUUCUCUUUUGUCACGAAUCAAAGUAUUACAAUCGCAAAUGAAUACUUUAACGCCAGCCAAUCUACAAAACAAACCCAAAAUGUUGCCGAGCAUAGAGGAGGCCUGGAGUCUUCCCAUCCCAGCAGAACUGACAUCGCGCCAAGGGACUGUUGGAACGGAUAUUCAGGAAAAGCCAAUUGGCCAGAUGAAAGGACAGCUGCCUGGUCCAAUGGCAAACAAUCUGCAAAAUUUGAACAGUCUUCAAAAUCAGUUUAUGGGACCAAGUCCCCCUAACUGCAUGACAGUGCAAACUCUGCCGGCACAGACGCAAGAAGAGGAGACUAGCUCAUCAAAACGCCCAAGAAACUCAACUAAAAGACGGUCUUCCACGCCAACUUCGCCGCCACAAACUUGGAACAUGCAGCCUCCUCAAGGCUUCACACCCAUGUCAACACCGUUUUACCUCACGCCUCAGCAGCUACAACUUCUAAAAACUCUGCAGCAAAAUAGACAAAAAUUAGAUGCGGGACAACAAAUGGUGCUACAGCAGUUGGAGCAUCAUUGCUGGAUACAGCAGAACCAAAUGAAAUUACCGCCGCAAGGAAGUAUACCCACGCAGGGAUUAUCUCCCCAACAACAGCAGCAGCAGCAGCAGCAGCAGCAGCAACAACAACAGCAUUCAAUUAUAGGAAAUAGUAUGACUGGAACUUUGCAAACUGCAAAUAUGCUGCGAUUGCCAGGAAAUAUAAUGCAGCAGCAGAGUGUGCCUGGAAGUACUGUUAUGUCUGUGAAUACAAGUACAAGUUUAUCCAAUAUGCAGGCAAACAUUCCAUCAAAUGUUUUGUCAGGAACAAUAAUGCAAACUCUACCGGCAAUAAUGUCUCAAGCAUCAAUGCCGGGACAACAAACUCUGCCAAACUUAAGCGUGAUUCCAAAUUCUGUGAAUUCAAUGCCGUCUCCGCAGCAGAAUUUUCCAACUCCAACAACCAGUCCAUUGCUGAGUCCUUCGUUUUCACCCUCCUCGUCUGUGGCGGUGAGUACAAGGACGGGAAAUAUGUCUGUGAUUACAUCAGGUAACAGGUUACUCUACCCUGUGACUAGUGCUGUAAAUGUGAACUCCAGUCUGGCGUCUGUGACCCAGUUACAAGGAUCUAAUGCUCAGAUGGUGUCAGCUGCUGGCAAUUUGCAGCCGUGUAAUAAUAUGAACGCAUCUUUUGUGAGAGCACCCUCUAUGCAAGGUGGAGUCUUACCAUCCAGGAACCUGAUGUCUCCACAAGCGAUAGCGGAUAGUAUGCUGGCCCAGCUGGCUCAAGGAGAACAGAGUUCUGCUAUCAAGGGAGGUCAAUACACGGACAAGCAAAGCCCUAUGCUGAAUGCUGCCUUACGGAGUCCAACGGAUCAGGGCUUAACACGGAAAUGUAUUCCCAGUAUUAUGACUAUCAACUCCAGUGGCAAUAUACCCCAACCGGCAUCUGCCGGAAUUAGCACGUUUUCAACGUCCGUGCAACAAAGUACAUUCUCCACCCCAAGUUUUGAAACAUUCCUUAGCCAUGCAGGUAUGAAAGAGAGCUCUAGGACUCUGCUCAGUACACUGUCGCAUGGUACAGUGACAAAGGACUUGGGAGUGUCUCACACCCUCCUUCCUGGAUCUAACACUGCUGUAAAUACUAUCAAUUCUUCUCCAUUGAAUGUGAUUGGAUCGCCGGGAAGGUCACAGUCGAGCACAAUAUCACAGAGGUUGUCCAUGUGUGACACUAAACCACAGCAUCAGGAAACUUCAGUUGCAGGACUUAUCAGUACUAUGGAAGCAAAACUAAGUGAAAAGGCAUUGUCAGUGAACACAAAUAACAGUAACACCAAGCAUAGCAAUGCGAGAAGCAGUUACAUGGACAUGAUAUCGUCGGCACCUUCAUCCUCGCCGGGAUCACUUUCUAUUCACUCGUGUUCAAAAGAAAUUCUGGCUGUGUGCAGCCGAGUGGGAAAAAACGGACUUACCAGCAGCAGUAUUCUUCAGGAUAAAAUGCCGCCGCCAACACCCCCACCGGCGCCCUACCCACCCCUACCAAAAGAUAAACUCAACCCACCAACUCCAACUGUUUAUGUCGAAAGCAAAAAAGAUGCCUUCUCUACUGCUUUACAACAGUACUGUAUUUCACCCAGUCAGCCAAUAACCGUGGUUCGUGGACUAGCUGCUGCUCUGAGGCUAGAUCUUGGUUUAUUUUCCACAAAGACUCUAGUGGAAGCCAACGCUGAUCACACUGUAGAAGUUCGAACACAGAGACAACAACCAUCAGAUGAGAAUUGGGAUGCACAAGGUUUGAAGAAGAUCUGGAGGUAUGAAAGCAGUAGAUCAUUCACAACGAUAGCAAAAUACGCUCAGCAUCAAGCAUCAUCUUUCCAAGAGUCUCUUAGGGAAGAAGCUGAGAAGAGUUCGAAGAGUAAACAUGCACAACAAAUGCAAAUGCAACAGCAGCACAUGGAUCCAAACGAUAGCGACUCAGGGUCUUCAACCACUUCAAAAAGUGGUUUAAAGAAGAAAUCAUCAAGUGGCAGACAAUUUAAACUGCUAAAGUUUGGCACCAAUGUGGAUUUGUCUGAUGAUAAGAAAUGGAAACCCCAACUUGAGGAGUUGACCAAACUGCCAGCGUUUACGCGGGUGGUGUCAGCUGGGAAUAUGCUGAGUCACGUUGGUCAUGUCAUACUUGGAAUGAAUUCAGUUCAGCUGUAUAUGAAGGUCCCUGGAAGUAGGACGCCCGGGCACCAAGAGAACAACAAUUUUUGUUCAGUCAAUAUGAAUAUAGGACCUGGAGACUGUGAAUGGUUUGCAGUUCCUGAACCAUACUGGGGAGUUAUUCAUAAUUUCUGUGUAAAGCACGGGGUGAACUACUUAAUAGGAUCGUGGUGGCCUGUGUUAGAAGACCUUUAUGAAGAAAACAUACCAGUGUAUAGAUUUAUACAGAGGCCUGGUGACCUCGUCUGGAUAAAUGCAGGGACUGUACAUUGGGUACAGGCAGUGGGUUGGUGCAAUAAUAUAGCGUGGAAUGUGGGACCACUGACAAACUAUUCCUACAGACUGGCUAUUGAAAGGUUUGAAUGGAAUAAACUACAGAGUGUAAAGUCAAUUGUACCUGUUAUUCACCUCUCAUGGAAUAUGGCGCGUAAUAUCAAAGUAUCUGAUGUCAAAUUGUAUGAAAUGCUCAAGUAUUGUCUACUACGUACAUUAAAGCAAAUAAUACUGACACGCGAAAGGUUGAAACAACAGGGACUUGAAAUCCAUUGGCAGGGAAGGAGUAAGAAUGAAGCAGCGCAUUAUUGUGCAGACUGUGAAGUGGAAGUGUUUGAUAUCUUAUUUACAACGGAGAAAGACAAGAAAUACGAAGUGCACUGCGAGUCGUGUGCUCGUAAAGCUAGCUAUAACCUUGAGGGUUUUGUUAUUUUAGAGCAGUGCAAGACAGAAGACCUGUGUGCGAUUUACGACAACUUCACCCUCCAAGUAGAGCCUUCUCAGAGUCUCCAAAAUUCAUCAUGACAUGGAUGCUACUCUCAGAAGAGUAAUUAUAUUCAAGAAAACCUGCAAAAUAUUUACUUCCUAGUUUGACGUUUCUAUUAGUAAGCGUGAGUAAUUUGCACAGUGCAAGUUUAGAUAUAGUAAAGGAACUGAUCGGUCCAGCUUGUUGUUGUUGUUGUUGUUGCUGCUGCUGCAUCCAUCUCUCACUGCUGCAUUGGUACAUUCAAACUUUUUUCUUUCUAUAAGUGUAAUACGUUAUACUUGGCAUGUCGUUACGAACGUUCUAUAUAUUUUUAACCUGUAAAUUAUUAAUUUCCCGGGACGACAUUGAAUGCUAAAAAGCUGCCAAACAGUUGUCCAUAUUAUGCAAUAAAGCUGUUGCAUAAAUUCGAUCCAACACUUCAUCAGUGAUGUACCUCUAAGAUGCAUGUUUGGCAACAGACGCUGGGUUUGUGAGACUUACAUCUUGGUAGACAGUAACAAUUUGGAAUACACCACUUGAAUAUUGGUGUGAUAUCGAUCAGCUUCCUUCUUUAGGGAAUAAGACGAUUCUUUGUGACCUGAAAUCUUCCAAGACAUACUAUGCAUCUGUAUGUCUGAUAACAAGUUGUACCCUGGCCCUUUUCACCCUUAUUUCUUUGUAAUGUGCUGCUUGUCAAUUGUUUAAAAUGUCAAAGACAAAUCUCAAAGAAGGCCUUCAUAUAAAAUAUAUAGUGCUCACUGUGUAAAUUUGGCUAGGUGAUGUGCUGUAAGCUUUCUUUGUGUUUUAUGAUACAUUCAUCAUAAAUGGGCACUGCCCUUUCUAGCCAUGUUUUUUGUUUCUCGCUGUACC